AAGAUGACAUUCUUAUCUUGGAAGGAAAGGAAGUCCGCCAUUGUAACUGGGUUCGAUUUUGUAAAUCUUCAGAUGAACUAGAACUUUCCAACGUGUUUGCCUCAAACCGAGAUGGAAAAGUAACGUACCAGACAUUACGUACUAUAAAACCUAAUGAUGAAAUCAUUGUAUACUUUGAAACAACUCCGCAUACAGAAGAAAACAUCAGACAAAAACAUGUCGAUAGUGCGGAGCAGUCAAUGUUGUCUGAGGACGAAGAAAUUGAUGUUGUCGAUAUCGGUCCUGAUGACGUCAUGGAAACUGUCGAAACUUUGGGAAGAAAAGAACAUCUAGACCUUAGUAGCGAUCCUUCAAAGCUUGAACUAAAUAGUUCGUCAGAAUCAACAAGAAGCGAGAAGCUGUUCUUUACCUCGCCAACGCUUUCAUCCUCGCUUCUGACGUCACCUAUUGCAAGAGCAGACGACUGUCCGUCAAACUUCAGCGGAAGUGACGAACACUCUAGUAUAAAACUGGAAUGUUCCGAAUCGGACGUUACCAACAGCAGUCCAGAACAAAUAGUCCCUGAUAGGCCCGUUAGAAGAAACAGAGAAAGAACAUGGCUGCCUUGUGAUAUAUGUGGAAAGAAAUUUGACCGUCCAUCGCUCCUCAAACGACACAUGCGCACACAUACAGGUGAGAAGCCCCACGCCUGUGACGUGUGUGGAAAAGCAUUCUCCACGUCCUCCUCCCUGAACACGCACAGACGCAUCCACAGUGGAGAAAAACCCCACGUUUGUAAAGUUUGUGGAAAGCGAUUCACUGCGUCAUCAAACCUCUACUACCAUAGAAUGACGCACGACAAGGAGAAGCCCCAUAAGUGCACGCUGUGCUCCAAAUCCUUCCCCACGCCCGGCGAUCUCAGAAGUCACAUGUACGUCCAUAAUGGCUCCUGGCCCUUCAAGUGCGAAAUCUGUCACCGGGGAUUCAGCAAGCAAACCAACCUGAAAAACCACGUGCUGCUUCAUUCCGGAGAUAAGCCACAUGAGUGCAUUCUCUGCGGAAAGAAAUUCGCCCUUCAGUGCAAUCUGAAAACGCACAUGAAAACACACGAAGCCUCCUCUGUACAAGAUAAUUGCAUCAAAUGUGGAAAGUCCUUUGUACCCAAUCAGAGUUCUCCAAAGCGAGUCUGCUCACAAUGCCUGAAGGUCAAACCAGAGGAUGCUGAAAACGGACCAAAGAAGAAGAGGAUCACCGACUUCAGUAUCUCUAGACUGACCGAAACCACACCAAAGAAGAUGUCUUUUUCUCCGUAUCGUCCGAGCAAGUCUGCCACUAGUGAAGGACAUUCACCCUUCCCAAGUCCGGAGUUCCUCCAUUCCUCUCCCUAUUCCCCUAAACUAGUUCCCCCACCUUUCGGACAUUCCCUGUUGUCACCACUACAACCAAACAACGUCUUAGCGAACACCGUCCAUUUCUCUCACGCUAUUAUGUCUCCCUUCCAUCCACGGUUUUUCCAAAGUAGAGGUACCGGCAAUCUACCCAAACCUUUAUUUGGAGAGGAUAUGUCAUCUGGAAGUGACGCACCUUCGCCAUACUCAAGGGUAGCAUGGCCAGGAUCCCUGACACAUCACCAAGGUUACUAAGUGACCGGAAGUGAUGAAGUGAUGUACUUUACUCAUGAGCACCGUAGCCAGUUUCUAUGACACUUCUCCAAUGUAAGUCAUGCACCAGGACCACUCCGGAUAACCGGAAGUGACACA